UCGAGCAGCCACCGCCUCCGAUCCGCCGCUAGCUUCUCUCUUCUUUCUCCACCACCGCGCGCGCCCUCCCACGACUCGCGCCGCGCGCAUUCUCCACGUGCGCGGCCGGUGAGAGAGACCAGCCUGACCACGCCGCCGCGCGCACACAUUUUUGCUGGAGGCGAGGUCGACGGGGAGGGGGGGUACAUAUAGAAACGCAGGCCAGGCCGCCACGGCCAGAGGAGGAGGAAGAAGACGAGUUGAGGAGAAGCGGCGGCGGAUCGAGUCGAGAGCGACGGUCUGCUAGGUAGGCAGCUAGUAAUUAAUGGAGGGGAGGAGGGACGCCGGAGUGAUGGCGGCGCGGUGGCGUCGUACUAGCGGCGGGGGAGGAGAUGGCGCUGAGGAGAGCGACGGGAGCAGCGGCGACGGCGGCGGCGUCGAGCUCAGCCUACGCCUGAGGACGGGGGACAGUAGCGGCGCUCCGCCGGCGACGGAGGAACAUCAGGCGGCGGCGGCGGCGAGGAGGAGGAGGAACAUGACCAUCUUCUACGACGGCCGGGUGUGCGCCGUCGACGUCACCGAGGUCCAGGCGAGGGCGAUCAUCUCCAUGGCGAAAGAGGAGACGAUCAUGGCGGCGGCGGCGGACUCCCACCGGCAGCAGUGCCACCAACGCGACCGCCAGCUGCAGGACAGCAGCGGCAGCAGCAGCAGCGGCGCCGUGGCGCGAUGCCCGCGCGAUGGUCAUGUGAGACCCUCGGCCGUGGCGUCGUCGCCGGCCGCGGGUCCUUCCAGGCAGGGCUUCGCCGCCGCCGUGGCCGCCGCGCCGGUGAUCGACCACGCGGCCUCGGAGCUGUCCAUGAAGCGCUCGCUUCAGCGGUUCCUGCAGAAGCGCAAGGCGAGGACGGCCGCCGCCGUCGCGCCGCCAUACGCCGGCGGCUGGCAUGCUCAGGCGAUGAGACACUGACCAAUAUGCCGGUAGUCAGCUAGCUAGCUAGAUAAAUGGCUCUCUUUUUUUAUUUACCUUUUCUCUUGACAUGGGAGGCGGCAUGCAUCAAUCACAGAUCAUUCACAGUACAUGGUAUAUACUACUAGUUGGUUUAUUUUCGACGGGAUUGGAAUGAAUUUGAUUUGGUUUUGUUGUUUUGUUCGUGUUGUUUCGUUUUCGAUUGGAAAUUGUUGUUUGUUCUUCACGUUCACAAAGCUAGAGGCACUCGCACACAUGAAUACAUGAUGAUAUGGCACAGAACAUAUAUUUUGUGAUCAAAUACAGUGAUCAUCCAUGUAAUCUGUAAGAUUUUACGGUACAGCUAGCGAUCGAUCACUUGGAACACAAACAUAUAUGCGGUCCGAAA